AUGAUGGAUGAGGUGGAGCGCGGCUUCAAAGAGAAGUACGAGGAUCUGCAGAAGACCUUGAUGGAAUCCCGCAGGCAGUACCUGGCGGAGCUGUCGGAGCAUCGCGAUCGCAUGCGGAGCGAAACCCUCAGUCCACCACUGCAGGCUGCCCUUGCUGAAAUCAGUGAAGAAGAUGCAGACCAUCAUGUGUACCGCUUUCAACCCGAGAUGGCACUGGAUCCUCUCACCCAGGAAUAUUUCAAGGCCGCCAUGAUCGAGAAUAUGAAGGUGGCACUGACCAAAGGUGCAGCAGCAGCUGGCGAGACCAUACAACUGCUGAUGAACCAGUUGAAGGAAGCGCAAACAGAGUCAGAUAGACUCCGAGAGCAGCUGGAGGAUGCUUUGUUGCAAGCCAUGCUGGCCGAAGGGUCUGAGAAGCGCGCGCCUGCACCUCCCAGGCGGCCUUCGGCUCAGGCAGAUCCCGGCGAGGCCAAGAAGCUGCAGGCUGAAAUCGAGGCCUUGAAGCAAGAGCUGGAUGGCAACAAGCGAGAUAUGGAAAGACAUCGUGGCAUUUUCCAGAUCUUCGGCCUGGAUCCAGACUGCAGCCUCGAGGUAGCCAGGAAGUUCUUCGAGACGCUCACAGCACAGCCUCCAGCAGAUGAUUCUGCCAGUGAGGUUGACCAGCUGAAGGCGAAGAAUGCGGCACUGCUGAAGCAACAGAAGACUCUGGAGGAGGAGAUCCAGAAGCUGAAACGCUUGGCGGACGAGUCCAGCAAGAAGCUGCAAGCUCAAGUGAAGGAACUGCAAGAGGAGAAUGAAAAGCUGAAGAGCCAGCUGUCGACCAAGACAUUGCCACCAGGCCCAGAAAAGAAAAAGGACGAUGGGAAGAAAGAGGCUGAUCUUCAGAGGCAGCUUGACCUCUUGAAGAAGCAACUGACCGAUGCGACCAAGGGCAAUGACGCCAUGGCGAAGCUCAUGAAGCGCAACGAGGACUUGGAAGCCGAAGUGGCGCAGCUCAAGGAGGAAUUGAAGGUGAAGACGCGCGAAGCCACCGAGAGCACCCAGGCUGCGGAUUUUGCGAGGAGGCAAUCGACAGAUCUGAUGGCCCAGAUGGAGCAGAUGCGCAAGCAGCUGGACGAUGCCAAAAAGGAGCUUGAUGAUGAGAGGCGUCGCUCCAGUGUGAAGGUUCCGGUCGAAAGACCGAGCUCAGAGGAGGAUCGACAACUCCAGGAUAAGCUGAAAAGAACCAAAGAUGAGAACGAAAAUCUGAAGCAGGAGAACAAACAGUUACGAGAUGCCUUGGACGAAGCCAAGAUCAUGCGGAAAGCGCUGGAGCAGGCCAUGGACGAGCUGAAACGCAAGUUCGAGGAGUUCAAGAAGAAGUUGCAGGAGAAGGGUGUCGAUGUCAGUCUUUUGGACGAAGCGCUACUGGAAGUAGGUAUGCCUUCACAUCCCAUGAAUGUCUUCGACCGCCUCUACCAAGAUGCAGUGCGCCGCUUCAACCGUUUCCAGGAGAAAUGGGUCAUUGACAUGAAAAAUGCCCAGCAAGAAACCUGGGAACGUAUUUUGGGCAUCUAUGAUGGGCCGCCUUUGACCAAAGAACAAGUGACUGCCUUGGUACAAAACGGCUUGAUCGAUAUCAGGAGAUUUGCCUUCGAUGAGCCUCCAUCCCGAAUGAUCUGCCCCAAAUGUGGAUACAACUUGAGGUCCGGCACUCCGGAUCGCCCGCGACCGCACUCGCAGCCCUCCGAGAGCCAAAGGCCCAGGUUUGGUCGGAUGAAAACCUGGGCUGGGAGCAUGGCUGGAAGUCUGUCGCCCAAGGGAGGAGGCAAUCAACCAGAUGUCUUCGCCCGACAAGACAUCUAUCUGGACAUUGUGGGCUUUCAACCGCAUCAAGCGCAGGACAGAAAACCCUUUGCGAUUGUGAGUGAGGCGGACCAGUACAUGCACCACUGCCAUCUCCAACGUUUCGAGCCACUGUCGCUGUCAGCUGAUGCAGAUGCUUCGGCUGUAGGGCGGGAGAUGACACCGAGCAAAAUGGAGACACCCAAGGGGGCAACGCCAAGCCCUUCUCCUUGCGCGAAGGAUGGCAAGACUCCAAAGACGCCCAAGUUGGUGACCUUGGAGAGCGCCAUGAGCAUGGAUUUGGACGACAGAGAGGUGAUGGUGGUGUCCGCCCCUUCGCCGGUGAACAUGGAACCGCCAGCGCCUCCGGUGACCCAGCGCCGCAUCAGCACCAGGGAUGCCAAGCUGGUGGAAGGUGCCGCGCUGGUGGUGGUGCCCCAACGACUUUUUUUUUUGCAGUGA